GGAGGGACUGCGCCUGCGCCUGCAGAGGGAGCAGGACAGAGGGAGAAAAACAACAACAUUGCCUGUAGAAGCAGCAGGGUGGACCUUCAGGACUCGGAGAAGCGAUCGGGGGGUUUGGACGCGCCGUCACGCUUAUUUACGGCCAACUCCAUUUCCACUUGACUUGUAGAUGGUGCCGUGCUCAUGAACCUGGCCAGUCAGAGCGGGGAGGCCGGCUGCAGCCAGCUCCUCUUCGCCAACUUUAACCAGGAUAACACAUCCCUAGCAGUUGGUACUAAAUCUGGAUACAAGUUUUUCUCUUUGUCAUCGGUUGACAAAUUGGAGCAGAUUUAUGAAUGUACCGACACUGAAGAUGUGUGCAUCGUGGAACGACUGUUCUCCAGUAGCCUUGUUGCUAUUGUUAGCCUUAAGGCGCCUAGAAAGCUCAAAGUGUGUCACUUCAAGAAAGGGACAGAGAUAUGUAACUACAGCUACUCAAACACUAUACUGGCUGUAAAACUCAACAGACAGAGAUUGAUAGUAUGUCUGGAAGAAUCACUGUAUAUCCACAACAUCAGGGAUAUGAAAGUACUACAUACCAUUCGAGAAACUCCUCCAAAUCCAUCAGGAUUAUGUGCACUUUCAAUCAGCAAUGACAACUGCUAUUUGGCAUAUCCAGGAAGUGCAACAAUAGGGGAAGUGCAAGUUUUUGACACUGUUAAUUUGAGGGCUGCUAACAUGAUUCCUGCUCAUGACAGCCCACUAGCAGCACUGGCAUUUGAUGCAAGUGGUACAAAACUAGCCACAGCCUCGGAGAAGGGCACCGUCAUCAGAGUAUUCUCCAUUCCAGAGGGCCAGAAACUCUUUGAGUUUAGGAGGGGAGUCAAGAGAUGUGUAAGCAUCUGCUCCCUGGCCUUUAGUAUGGAUGGACUUUAUCUGUCUGCCUCCAGCAACACUGAGACAGUUCAUAUCUUUAAGCUGGAGACACAGAGAGAAAAGCCACAGGAGGAGCCCACGACCUGGACAGGGUACUUUGGGAAAGUACUGAUGGCCUCCACCACAUAUCUGCCUGCACAGGUGUCUGAAAUGUUCACACAAGGAAGGGCCUUCGCCACAGUCAGACUGCCAUUUUCAGGACACAAGAACAUCUGUGCUCUUGCUAUAAUACAGAAGAUUCCACGGCUUCUGGUGGCAGCAGCAGAUGGAUACCUUUACCUGUACAACCUGGACCCACAGGAAGGGGGAGAGUGCACACUAAUGAAACAGCACAAGUUAGAUGGAAGUGCUGAACCUGCGAAUGAAAUUUUAGAUCAGACGGCUCACGAACGCCCACUUGUGGCACAGACCUACAGUGCUGCUGUUGCCAAAGGUUACUCUGAGGAUCAGGGUGCAGUAGGCGGGGCUGGAGUGGAGGACGAUAUGAACGCCCUGCAUCUGGAUGAAGAAAACGAGCAGCCCCCCUUAAUCCUUGAGACGGACUGAGUGCGAGAGAGAGAGAACCCUGCACCCUGCUCCUUCACGCCACGGGGCAGGAGACGGACGACGGAGUGACAUUUCAGAGGGGGCGCCUUUCCUCCUCCUCUGGUGCUGCUAUGAACAUGUGACCUGGUGAAGAAGGGAUUAAAAGAGAGGGCAUUUUUAAAGCAAGCCUAGCUGUAGCCUCAUUCUGUCUGUUGUUACAUAUAGAUGUUUCUCUUUCUUUCCCCUUUUUGUGGCUUCUUUUUUUUGUUGUUUUUUGUUUUUAAAUCUGGUGAAUUUCGAUGCCCAGAUGUACCUUUAUUAUAAUACUAACUAAGAAAUCCGAGCUACAGCCGUCAUGUCUGGUAGCUUUGCAUGUACAUGUGCCAAGUAUAGGAGUGCUACAAAACAUUUGCUCUCAUGUCGAUGGUUCUGAUGUGUUCUGUGGACGUUCUCCUCUUGAGCCUUGACAGAUGCUUAAUGUGUGUGCGUGUGUUUCUUUCUUAAACUAUCUGAGUAACUGGCUUGAUUCGCCUGCCAUGCCACUGCAUACUGUUCAAUUCUCUCUUUCCGUUGUGUCGGAAAACGUGGGGUGUUUUCUGUCCCAUCCGAGUCUGUGGCUGUUCUAGCGCCGAGAUGUGAAUAUCGUCCUCUGUCAGCGAUGUUUCGACGCCUCCGUGUUGCUUCACAGGCCUGGUUGCAGAGGAAAAAAAAAAUCUUGAGAUGACCUCGUCAGUCCGAGCAGUGUUCCCAGGCUGUGCUUUUCUGAGGGUCAAUUUUGUAGUCUCGCCCUGAAUUAUACACAAAUAAGCACUUCUUCUUUUUUUUUUUUUUUUUUUUAGACCAAUAUCCACACUACCUUAUGGACCAUUGGGUUAUCUAUCCAAUUUGGCACAAAGAGAUUACAGCACCCCAGUGUCUUCCCCUGCUCUCCCUUCUGAGGUAAUUCAAUGGAACAAUUUUAUGAGACUCAAGGCUUGGAAAAAUGAAAUAUCAUUCUUAUUAUUUGGAAUUGAAAUGAAGAAAUUGAAUUGAUUUGCUUAUUUGGGCGAAUGUUUAGCCCUGUGAUACGUAAUAUACAAAAAAAAAGGCUCAAUGAGCUUAAUAAAUGAGUUGUAUUUAACCCAUCCUCCCAUAUCUAGUCUCAGAAGUGUUUGUACAAGCCUGACUAAUGUACUUAGCUUCAGCUAACUGCACCCAGGAAAAACUGGACGUCGAGUCAAAUCCUCAGUGCGGCUCACGGUUUCCAAACAGAUGUGGAAAAAAUUGCAGAAUAGAUGGUAGAUAAGUCCAAGUUUGUGGCACGUUCCCAUGGACGUCCCUCCGGAACGCCGUCUUUCUAACAAACACAGCCCAAGCCUAGGUCACAUGGUCUGGCAGCAGAGACAGAUCAGGUCAAAUGUGCUGCGUAGUCUCAAGAGUGUCCCAAGAAAAGUUCUCAUGAGAAAUAAAGAGGAGAAAAAUGCUCAUGAAUGUUACUACGAUGGGUUCUAGGUACACCAUGUUCUGUAUCCAGUACGUCCAUUAAGCACAAAGUGUAUCAAAACAAAGUGAUGUACUGCCAAGACAUGAGUAGAUGUUGCCCCACCCCAUCCAAACAAGCCUCAAUUCUCCAACAGAGCUCUCCAAAGGCUCACAAAUGACAAAUCUUGUAAUCGAGUCAUUUCUAUGCAUGAUUGUCACAUGAGCAUGAUCUGAUGACUUACACCAGAACAAGUAAUAUCGUUAACUGAUUGUAGACUUUCUUCAUCAGCCAAUGAGCUCAGACAACCCUAGGCCACUAUAAUUUUUUUAAAUGAUUUUUGUAUAAAAUGUGAAUUGUUCCAUAUAAAGAUAAAAUAAAAUCUCCACUUGAAAAGAA